CCCACCCCGGAGGUAAUUCUCGACAAUUCUUUAAUUUCAUUCAGUUUUCGCUCCUUUGGGACAAAAUUCUUCGUGACAAUGCGGGAAAUAGUGCAUAUUCAGGCUGGCCAAUGCGGAAAUCAGAUCGGCGCGAAGUUCUGGGAGGUGAUAUCCGACGAGCACGGCGUGGAUCCCACGGGCAAGUACCGCGGUGACUCGAGCGUCCAAGUAGAGCGAAUAAACGUUUACUACAACGAGGCAUACGAGGGAAAAUACGUUCCCCGAGCGAUUCUGGUGGACCUGGAGCCAGGAACGAUGGACUCUGUGCGCUCGGGUCCCUACGGUGAGCUCUUCCGCCCCGACAACUUCGUGUUCGGUCAAUCGGGGGCCGGCAACAACUGGGCGAAGGGCCACUACACCGAGGGCGCCGAGCUGACCGAUGCAGUGCUCGAAGUCGUGAGAAGAGAAGCUGAGAACUGCGACCGCCUCCAGGGCUUCCAGCUCACGCACUCGUUGGGGGGUGGAACGGGCUCGGGAAUGGGAACCCUAUUGGUAUCCAAGAUCCGAGAGGAGUAUCCGGACAGACUGAUGUCGACAUUCUCAGUGGUGCCUUCACCAAAAGUCUCGGACACUGUUGUCGAGCCCUACAAUGCCAUUCUCUCCUGCCACCAAUUGGUCGAGAAUACCGAUCAGACUUAUUGCAUUGAUAACGAGGCCCUCUACGACAUCUGCUUCCGCACCCUCAAGCUCCCCACCCCCUCCUACGGCGACCUGAAUCACCUGAUCUCCCUCACCAUGUCCGGCGUGACGACCUGCCUGAGAUUUCCCGGACAACUCAAUGCGGACCUCAGGAAAUUGGCAGUCAACAUGGUGCCUUUCCCCCGUCUCCACUUCUUCAUAACCGGUUUUGCACCGCUGACGUCACGCGGCUGCCAGCAGUACAGAACGCUCUCCGUGCCGGAACUGACGCAGCAGAUGUUCGACUCGAAGAACAUGAUGGCGGCGUGUGAUCCCAAGCACGGCCGAUACAUGACAGUGGCCGCGGUCUUCCGGGGGAGAAUGUCGGUGAAGGAGAUUGACGAGCAAAUGCUGAACAUCCAGAAUAAGAAUUAUCCGUACUUCUGCGACUGGAUUCCUAAUAAUGUGAAGACUGCUUCUUGCGAUAUACCGCCCAGGGGACUGCAGAUGUCGGCGACGUUCAUUGGGAAUUCCACGGCUAUUCAGGAACUCUUCAAGAGGAUUUAUGAUCAGUUCACAGCUAUGUUUAGGAGGAAGGCUUUUCUCCAUUGGUACACGGGGGAGGGCAUGGAUGAAAUGGAGUUCACUGAGGCCGAGUCCAAUAUGGGGGAUCUUAUUUCGGAGUAUCAACAGUAUCAGGAGGUCAGCGCUAUCGAUGAUGAUUAUGUGAAUGAAGAUUGAGAAGGUCCAGCGGACGACGACAUCUAUUUGUAUU